GUCAUGAAUAAGUAUUUGAAUGGAGCUGGAGCUGCCACCAUGGUUGCCACCCCGUUUUAAUACCGUUUUGAAACGCUGUUCAGAACCACCACCACCCUCCCAUCGUCGACAUAUACCCCCACGGCUUAGCCUCUGUUUCGACGAAACGUUGAUUACAUGUAUCCACCGCGACCUGUAUAUUCCUCUACGAAACCCUCUACACCAGCUACAGGACAGUGGGUUACGAAUGUCAAUCUCAACCUCGAUGACGAUGAUUCACGACGUCGACCAAAUCUUACGAGAACACCCAGUCCAACACCGAGCGAGUUGAAAGAGAUGAAGUCAGGUGCAAUAGACUGGAAAACAAUGGGAAACUGGAGGUUCUGGAUCCGGAAAGAAUGGGCUUGGUACUAUGUCAUCGUCGUAGUUAUUCUCGUCCUCGCCGCUUUGAUCACUAUUUACCACAAAAACAUCGUUGACUGGCUUGAGCCUGCAACGCGUUGGCUAAAAAAGACGAGUUGGGGAUGGAUAGUGCCCAUUCUGGUGUUGUUCGUGAUCUCAUUUCCUCCUCUAUUUGGACAUGAAAUUGUGGCAGUACUUUGUGGACUGGUAUGGGGACUAUGGAUUGGGUUCGGUAUCGUUGCCGCAGGAACGUUCCUCGGUGAAAUUGGGAAUUUCUAUGCCUUCAGAUAUUGUUGUGCUGCACGAAGUGAGAAGUUGGAGAAGACCAAGAUCUCAUACGCCUGUUUGGCCAAAGUUGUGCGUGAGGGUGGAUUCAAGAUCGCCCUCAUUGUCCGUUCGAGUGCAAUUCCGGGGCACUUUACCACCGCCAUUUUCGCCACCUGUGGAAUGAACAUCUUCGUUUUUUCGCUCGCUGCAAUACUUUCUAUGCCCAAGCAGCUAGUUACCGUAUACCUUGGUGUUCUUCUGGAAGACAAGCAGACUGAAGGCAACCAGUCUCGUAUCAUCUCGCGUGUUGUUCUCGCCAUCACUUUUCUCAUCACAGCCGCAUCCGCCUGGUACGUUCAUCGGGAGAUGGAUAAGGUGAAACCCGAGAUCAUAUAUCAGAGGAGGAAAGCGCGCCAAGCUAAACUCGCUCGCGCAACCACACUACACGGUAAUGAUAGCACAGACUCUCAGAUCUUCGACGCGAACGGAUCCGAAACCCAUAUUCUUCUUACUUCAUCCUUGAAUAGAGAUCCUACCAAGGUUCAUGCACCUCAACCGCAUCGGUACCCUUUAACCAAUUCGUAUGGGUAUUCCAAAGCAGAUGAAGACCUCGAGUCGCAGGAAAGCGCAUCAGAGGCCUUGGAAUCUAGGAACCCCUAUCAUUUCCCGGGGACAAGACAAAGCAUUGACGUGCCAUGGGAAACAGGAGGAUAUGCUCAACAGGCAAGACAACCGACCUUCCCUCCUCCCGGCAUCAGCCUAUCACCUCAGCCGGAAGAGCAGCAGUGGGGUCAGCCUCAUGCAGUAUAUUCAAGCCAAUCCCCAGCUUUACCUCCAUCGCAUCCACAAUCUUCGUCUCAACUACCCACUGGUAGCACCCCCUCCCCCUUUUCCACAGUCCCCCCUUACUCAACUCCCUCUCAUCAUGUUUAUGAACCGACUGGUACGUCAUAUCACACGGCAAUGGCAAGCGAGUCUAUGGAUGAUGGGUAUUAUGCUUCGGUGCAAAUUCCUCAUUCCGGCAAUCGUAGGGAUGUGUCAAACGUGUCUGAAGUGAACAUUCCUGGUGGACAUUCGGGCCAACCGCGGAGAUCGCCUCCUAGUUAUUCGGUUGACCUGAGAUAACUGCUCAUCAUCAACGUCCGGCUGCCAAUUGCGGACUCUAAACCCUGGACAUUCGUUUUAAUUUUAUUCUAGCGACAUCCGGACUGUGUAUCUUCUUGUAGCUACCCUAAAACUCAUCACCUUUGUUAAUAUCAUGUUACUCUGAUGUUGUUUUCAUAUGUUGCAUGGACGCUUCUGACCUG